GGUUGUAUAUUAAUUUUUUUGCUGGCAGAUGUAAAAGAAAAAACGGCGUUUGCUCCUCGCGUGACUCCCACAAUGGGGUCCUUUCAGAACGUCUGAUGCAAUUAUUUUUUACAGUAAAAUCCAUUUUACGGAAUAAAGUUGAUGUUGUUAUUGCCGACAUAAAAUCGUAGACAACCUCCGAGUACAAGUGUUAAAUAUAUUUUACUUUUCAACAAAAAGUAAAGAAAUAUAUAUUUCUACGUGUCAAGUCUGUCGUUGUUUAGUGACGUAAUCAAACGUUUCUGUAGUUCGGUUGAGUCGUUUGUAGUUCUGUUGUAAAAAAACCGGUAGUUAUGGUUUUAAAUUGUGUCAGUAGGUUUGAAAUUUAACUAGAUUAUAUUAAAUUAUUCUCGAUCAGUGCACUAUGUUCAUUAUUUUUAUAUUUGUAUUGUCUUAUUGUAUGGCAAAGUGAAUUGUUAUGCAUCAUUCACCUCAAAUUUGUCUGUAAAACGUACUCGGCAAAUAAACGUUUCUGAUUCUGAUGCGGGACAGAAACUACAAAACUACACAAAAAAAGAUCGCGAAUGAUACAUCUAUCUCCAAAUACACGAUCUUUGCUGCACCGCACAACGCCCUUGAGUUCCGCCCAAAAGGGAAAUGACGGCGGUGCAGAAAAUGGCGUCCGCAAAGCCCGUGGACCGCUGUGGUUUGUUAUCCCGUUUAAUUUAGAGCCUCAGUCGGGGGGGGGGUCUCUCUUCGCCUGGCGCGCGGACGACAACAUGGCAGUGCACCGCUGCCGUCGGCUUUUCUCGAUUCCGGAAUAGAACCCGCAACUUCAUGUCCGAAGGAGCCGGAGCUGCCUGGUCGAAGAGGGGUUGUGGGGAUUCGCACCGCCGAGAACCAGGGAAACACAAACACAGGAGAUGCGAGCGGCCGCUUAGCGUCCAGCCGCCGAAGCCUGUGACUGUUCCCCCGGCUCCAAAAGGUGAUUGGCGCUCAGAGAGGGGACACAAGGGGCACUGUCCUCUGAUUGGCUCGGACAACCCCCUCUGACAUGCCCGUGGCCAAUCAGAGACAUUUGGUGGUGAGUCCCAGGUGUGUGAUGUCGGGGGCCGACGUGGAGGUGUACCUGUCCCAGGUGCACGACGGCAGCGUGUCGGCGGGCUUCCGGGCGCUGUACGAGGAGCGCCUGCUGCUGGACGUCACCCUGCUCAUCGAGGAGCACCACUUCCAGGCCCACAAGGCGCUGCUGGCCACGCAGAGCGACUACUUCCGGGUGAUGUUCACGGCGGACAUGAGGGAGCGCGACCAGGACCAGAUCCACAUGAAGGGGCUGACGGCCGCCGGCUUCGGCCACGUCCUGCGCUUCAUGUACUACGGCUCGCUGGAGCUCAGCAUGCCCACCGUGCAGGAGAUCCUGCAGGUGGGCCGGCCCCCCGCCGCGCCGCGCUCCUCCGUCUCCGCCGUAAACGUAACCGCUUCCUCCUCUUCGUCGCUUCCCGCCCAGGCCGCCAUGUACGUGCAGCUGACAGAGGCGGUGGAGUUCUGCUGCUCCUUCCUGCUCGCCAAGAUCUGCCUGGAGAACUGCGCCGAGGUGAUGCGCCUCCUGGAGGACUUCAGCGUGGGCGUGGAGGGCGUCCAGGAGCAGCUGGACGACUUCCUGCUGGACAACUUCGUCCCCCUCAUGAGCCGAGCCGACUUCCUGUCCUACCUCAGCCUGGAGAGACUGCAGGCGUACCUGAACAGCGACGCUCUGACUCGUUUCCCGGAGAUCGAGCUGUACGAGUCGGUCCAGUCGUGGCUCCGUCACGACCGUCGGCGCUGGCGUCACACGGACGCCGUGGUGCAGUCGGUCCGCUUCGGCCUCAUGACGCCGGCCAACGUGUUCGAGAAGGUGGCGCCUCGCCGCCGUCCACGAGGUCACCGUCGCGAUGUGAGACGUCUUCAUCCUCUCCUUCGUCCCCGUCCAGGUGAAGACGUCGGAGUUCUACCGUUACUCCCGGCAGCUGCGGCAGGAAGUGGACCAGGCGCUCGGCUACUUCCACGACGUGAACCAGCAGCCCCUAGUGGCCGCGCGCUCCAACCGCAUCCGCUCGGUGCGCCCGCAGACCGCCGUGUUCCGGGGGAUGAUCGGCCACAGCAUGGUCAACAGCAAGAUCCUCCUGCUGCAGCGCCCCAAGGUGUGGUGGGAGCUGGAGGGCCCGCAGGUGCCGCUGCGACCCGACUGCCUGGCGAUCGUCAACAACUUCGCCUUCCUGUUGGGCGGCGAGGAGCUGGGGCCCGACGGCGAGUUCCACGCCUCCUCCAAAGUCUACCGCUACGACCCGCGGCAGAACUCCUGGCUGCGCAUGGCCGACAUGUCCGUGCCCAGGUCGGAGUUCGCCGUCGGCGUCAUCGGCAAGUUCAUCUACGCCGUGGCGGGCCGCACGCGGGACGAGACCUUCUACUCCACGGAGCGCUACGACAUCACGGAGGACCGCUGGGAGUUCGUGGACCCGUACCCCGUCAACAAGUACGGCCACGAGGGCACGGUGCUCGGCGGCAAGCUGUACAUCACCGGCGGCAUCACCUCCUCCUCCACCUCCAAGCAGGUGUGCGUGUUCGAUCCGGGGCGGGAGGCGGGAGGAGGAAGCGGAGGAGGAAGCGGAGGAGGAAGCGGAGGAGGAAGCGGAGGAGGAAGCGGAGGAGGCGCCGGCGCCGGGUCAGACGCACACAGGACACGCGCCGGCCGCGGCCCGCCGCCGCCGCCGCCCGGCACGCACGCCGGCUGCUGGGAGAACAGAUCCAAGAUGAACUACGCCCGCUGCUUCCACAAGAUGAUCUCCCACAACGGGAAGCUGUACGUGUUCGGCGGCGUGUGCGUCAUCCUGCGGGCUUCGUUCGAGUCGCAGGGCUGCCCGUCCACCGAGGUGUACGACCCCGACGCCGACGACUGGACCAUCCUCGCCUCCAUGCCCAUCGGGCGCAGCGGCCACGGCGUGGCGGUGCUGGACCGGCAGAUCAUGGUGCUGGGCGGCCUGUGCUACAACGGCCACUACAGCGACUCCAUCCUCACCUUCGACCCCGACGACAACAAGUGGAAGGAGGACGAGUAUCCCAGAAUGCCUUGCAAACUGGACGGGCUGCAGGUGUGCAGCCUGCACUUCCCCGAGUACGUGCUGGAGCACGUGAGACGCUGCAGCUGAGGCCGGAGGGAAGCUUUUUUAUUUAGAGAAGCGGGAACGCCACGUUCGAGGACUUGGGGUCUCCGGGGGGGGGGGGCUUUUAAAAAGGUGAGACCAGCGCCUCCCUUCCGGUGAGGGGACGCGCGGCCUCGCCUCGCGCCGUCGGCAACAACUAAAAUGCGACGAGGCGAAAGACGUCGGGACGUUUUCAGAAUUAACUUUUCUCAGAAAAAAAAAACACUUUUAAAGGAAGAAAAGAAAAAGAAGGUUAAAUUCUGCUGGUUUCCGGUCAGUUUCUCCUCUUCUACUUCUCACUUCUGUAUUUAGGCUGUCCAGUCGAGCUUCUCGCAGAAACGCACUGGAAGAGGCGCGUCACGCUUUUUAACAUAUUUAUUAUAACGCCGGUCGAGCGACGGGCAGGUUUCUCCUUUUUUUUAUUUAAAGGCGCACACACGUCCUGUAUGCCGUCACUCUGAGAUAUAUUAUGGCGAGUAUACGAGCGAGUUGUUCUCGCGCCGUGCUGCGGUGAAGCUCCGCCCCCAGGCAUCGAACCGACGGCUUCCACCACCAACCUGCUUCCAGUGCGUUCCAGCUUCUAGUCCUAACUCUUUACUCCGUGUGCGUGUGCGUGUGCGUGUGUGCGUGUGCGUGUGUGUGUGUGUGUGUGUGUGUGUGUGCGUGUGCGCGUGCGCGUGCGUGCGUGCGUGUGCGCGUGUGCGCAAAAAGAACAAACGUACCACGAGGGCAUUCAUUCAUUCAGCGAGGGGUGCUUUUAUUUUGGUGAUCAUGUGCACAGGAAGUAAAGAUCUCUGAAUCCGUCCGGCGGUGCUUUUACCUUUACACUCGUCUACAUUCCCUGCACUUUAUUAUUGUUGUUGUCGGUUCCUACGGUGGCCGUAAGGGCACAUUUUGACCAGCUGGUGACACGCGGUCAGCAGCGUCCUCCAUCUUUAAUAUGCAGCUCGUUACAAUAUUUAGGAAAGCGCCGCGUUCUCCUGGUUCCUGAAUUCUCGUCGUAAAAAAAAAACACUAAAAAAAAUUUCCCCCGUUUUGUGGGAAGUUUAAUUCACAACAACAAAAGUUACCAACGCUUUUUAAGAAAGAGCGCGUUGACUCUGCUGCGCCUACAAGGACCAGAAUGCAUUGCACGCGAGAAACAUCUACGAGUUCAGCCCAAAAGAUCAAUAAACUAAAGUAAAACUCUCGCGUUCCUAAAUUCACGUUUUAUUCUCUUUUUUUUUUAAGCUGUACAGAAAUAAAUAAACAAACAAUUAGAAAGUCUUCCUGAAGCCGAGCGGAGCGAUUUCAUCGGACGCUGCAGGAGCGACUUUUACAACUACUGAAAUAUAUACACAUAUGUGUGUGUAUAUAUAUAACAUUUUUAAUAGGCAGUGAUGAUCCAGAGAACUGAACAUUCCUUUUGCAUUAAGUUAUUUAUUUAUUAUGUAUUUAUUUUUCUUAUUUGUUUAUUAGUUCUUUUAGAUCUCAAUCGUCCUGAUUUCAGGUUUUUGUUUUUUUCUGGACUCGUACGACAAGUUUCCUUUUUCAUCUAAUUUUUUUCUUCUCUUUUAUCGAGCUGUAAAUUCAUCAAACACAGUUUCCUCGUGUUUCAGUUUGUGAUCGACCAGCAGCUCUGUGUUUCUGAGCUUGUACAUGUUUAUUAUUUUAUUUAUUUAUUUUUUAUUUCAUGAGCCAACAGUGAAAAGGUGCUGAGCGCCCACCCUGCUCGUCUCCGCCGCCCUUGUUAUUAAUUUAUUAAGUUAUUUCUCUGUCUCUCGCACCGAGCUCUGCAGUAACGGUCGUUGUUUAUGUUUAUUUAUUACAAGAGGUUCACGGUGAAUCGUUGUUGUUGUUUACGUUGUCUUUCUGUUCUGGCUCAUGACCCAGAAGUGUUGGCAGCCAAUUGUGAAGGCUGCACAUGUAAAAGAGGUUAACUUACUUUUAAUCCACGUUUCUUUAGCAUCGGCGACCUCUGACCUCUAAGACGGUUUUACGCGUGCUGCUGCGGCUUGUGGGCGGGGCUUAACGCGCCGCGGCCCUGGACCUGAAACGCAUCAGAGCGUCAGAUAAUAAGUAUUAUAUUAAUGUUUAGUCGAUGCAGCCAGAAGUCUUUAAAUGUCUUUAUGUUUGAUCGACAUAAGAUUAGUUUUUUAUGGCUAAAACAAUGAUGACAUCAUUAUUUAUUAAAUAUAUAUAUUAUUUAUUACAUAUAUAUAUUAUUUAUUAAAUAUAUAUAUUUUAAAUCCGUGACUGUUUCGCUCGGUUUGAGGAACACAAUGUAAACAAAGUUUUUAUUUUUUCUUGCUUUAAAACAUUACAUUAUUUUUUUAGUUAUUAUUUAUUAUUUCUUUAUUUGAGUUAUUAUUUUUAGUUAUUUAUUUUAGUUUUUUUCCAUAUUUAAAAAGACGUCACGCCCUAAAUCUCUCAUUCCUUCCGUCGCUCUCGUGCCGCCGACCUCAUGACCACCUCAUCUUCCUCGUCUGCUCCUCUUCCUCAUGUUGCUGUUAAAAGAAGAAAUGUGUAACCAAUAAAGUUCUUCUCUCCGGUUUACGGCACAUCGUCCCAGCGCUGGGAAACCGGAAAACAACCGGAAAGCAAACCUCGCUGCAACGACCGCAUCGGAAGAAGAAAGUAAAAUCAGAUUAACAUACCUUAAAAUCUGAGUAGAAACUCUUUGGAAACGAUUUGUAACUUCUUUCCAGAAAUAAAUGUUCAUAUUGGUCAACUUUCA